AACUCAAUCAACUAUUAAUAGAAAUAGUGAAAGAACAUUAUGCGAUAGGUGUCAACAUAAUCAAGUUAUAAUUUAUGAAUUAUUAAGUCAAUACAUUCCAGAUGAAAGUGAUCCUACUUAUAAAUAUCGAUAUGAUAAUGUGGAUCAAUAUAAAGCAGAUUUACAUAGACGAUAUAAAUUAUGUGAUGAUUGUCAAGCAAAAAUAAACCAAUUAGUAGAAGAACAGAAGGCAACACUUAGGAAAAUAAAAAUAAAUGAGACGUUGACAAAGAGUAUAACGACGAAAACACCAAAACAAAAAAAUAAACAGCUGUUUUAUUUUAUGGGCGCUUGUUGGAUUUUGAUACACAUCAUGACCUCAGUCUUUAUUAUUUAUGCUAUUAAAUAUCCUUAUGAUGGGAAAAUGAUAUUUGAUUAUAAUAUCAUGACAAAUUUAUUGAAGGAAAAUAGACACGCUAUAAAGGAUUUAAAGAAAAUUCAGGCUAUUGUUCAAGAAUGGCUUAGUUCAAUUUUUCCUAAUUUGCUUCACUUUUCAAAAAUUAUGUAUUACUGCUUAAUGUCUAAUGAUACAGAGAUUUGUAAUUGGAAUAAGUAUAACUGGCUUAUAAUUGCAAUCUUAUCCAACUUUACAUCAUGGUUCUUUCAUGUAUGGCAUCAUAAAUUAUACUCGGCCUUUCAUGAUACUAGUCGAAUUAAAAACUGGAAUCUAUUCAAGACUAUACAGUUUUGGCUAUUUAUUAUACGUUUUGCAAUGAUUAUGAUGAUUGCAUACAAUAUGAAUAAUAUUGGAUUAAAAAUCUCAUUAGGUGUUUACUUAUCAAUGCUUAUUGGUUCAUAUGUUAUCGUAAGAUACGAUAAAGGUAAAUGGCCAUUUGUGCCCGUCGGUACCUCACAUUCUGCUUUUGAUUUGGACACGGAUAUUCCAAAAAGUAGUAAGACAUCGAAGCGUCAAUCAUCGCCACCACCACCACCAGUAGAUUUUAAUUUAGAAGAGGAUGGUAUGUCCAUUGUCAGUGAGAAUAUAACAAGAAAACAAAGCCAGGCAGAUCCUUUACAGAGUAUUGUAGAAGGAGUUGGAAGAAUUAUUGUAUAAAAGAAAGAGAGAGAAAGAGAGAACGAGAACGAGAAAGAGAGAUUUGUAAAUGUAAUAGAUAAACUGUAGCAGAACAAAUACCAU